AUGUUCGACACAGUGUCGCUGAGAUUCUGCGUUUUCCUCUUCCUUGCAACCGCCGCAAAUGGCGAAUUUGCAAAGAGCCAUGAGGAAUAUCCAAGGUUUCCACCAAACUUCGUUCUGGGAGUUGCGACAGCCGCAUACCAAAUAGAGGGAGCUUGGAACGUGAGCGAUAAAGGAGAAAGUAUUUGGGAUCGAUUCAGUCAUUACAACGAUGGCCGUAUCUUUAACAAUGACACCGGCGACGUCGCUUCAAACUCUUAUUACCAGUAUAAGGAGGAUGUAGCGCUCAUCAAGAAACUUGGGUUCACGUCAUACAGAUUCUCCGUGAGUUGGCCCAGAAUUUUACCGACAGGAUUCGCGAAUAAUGUUAGUCAAGAUGGCGUUAAUUAUUAUCACAACCUCAUCGACGAGCUAUUGGCAAACGAUAUCGAGCCACUGUUGACGAUAUAUCACUGGGAUCAUCCUCAAGUUUUGGAGGAUGCAGGUGGCUGGUUGAGUUCGGAAAUGGUUGAUUGGUUCGGUGAUUUCGCGAGGGUCGUGUACAGAGAGUACGGUGCAAAGGUGAAACGAUUCAUUCCGAUAAACGAGCCCACCUCUAUAUGCAUAAAUGGCUACACCACCGGGAUCGAUGCACCCGGGAAAAAAUUGCACGGUAUUGGAGAGUACCUGUGCAUCCACAACACAAUAAAGGCACACGCGAGGGCUUACAGAAUAUACGAGAAUGAGUUCAAAUCUAAGCAGCGAGGCCAAGUCGGAUACAUGUACAGCGCGUUCGCUUUCAUGCCCGAAGAUCCUAACGACGUGUUGACAGCAGAGAUUGCUUUUGAAUUCAACGCUGGUUGGACUUUGAAUCCGAUCUAUUCUCAUAACGGUGAUUAUCCAGAACUCGUGAAGAGUAUAGUGGCCGAGAAGAGCAAACAACAGGGUUACACGAAAUCUCGUUUGCCGGAGUUUGAGCCCGAAUGGAUCGAGUACAUACGUGGAGCCUCGGACUUUUUGGCGGUAAAUCAUUAUACCACCAGGCUAGUUAAACCGGGACAGUCAGGAAUAGUUCCGUCUCAUGAAAACGAUCAAUCCGUCGUACAAUUCAUCGAUAGUUCUUGGAAAAAGGCAGCAUCAGACUGGUUGGAGGUUGUACCCAAAGGUUUCCGAUAUAUUCUUGGGGAAUUGGCAAGUAAAUAUGGAAAUCCACCAAUGUACGUUACCGAAAAUGGUUUCUCUGAUACUGGACUGCUCCACGAUUUCGAUAGAAUUAAGUAUUUUUAUGACUAUCUGAAAGAGAUGCUUUUAGCCAUCUACGUUGACGGUGUUAACGUUCAAGGAUAUUAUCUGUGGUCGAUCAUCGAUAAUUUCGAAUGGAGACGGGGUUAUAGCGAAAAAUUUGGCAUCGUGUCUGUCGACUUCAACCACGUAAACAAAACACGUACCUUGAAGGAUUCUGCUGUUUGGUGGCAAACGGUUUUAGCCGAGAGAAACCUUGUACCUGCAGAAUAACCAACUAAUUCAAUCUGUC